AUGUAUCGCGAAAUCCUCGGGCUGGCGUACCUCGCCGCGAUCGCCUCCGCACAGUGCUACCUUCCCAACGGCACCAACCGGGCGAGCACAUCGGACGUCGGCAAGAACACGUACAAGCCAUGCGACGGCAACGGGCACAGCAUGUGCUGCAACACGUACACGGGCGACGUGUGUCGGGACGGGUUCUGCUGGAACGAGAGCGGGAGGGUGCUGUGGCGCGAGAGCUGCACCGAUCCGACGUGGCAGUCGCCGAAGUGCCUGAAGCUGUGCAUCGACAGCUCAAUCAGUAAGGAACCAGGUUUCGUGGGUGAAGGAGCGGCAGCUGACGGUGAUUUUCUAGAAGUGAAUGCGAAUAGGACUCAGGCGCAGACGGAUAUCGUGGUGACGCAGUGCGCCGACGGGACAUAUUGUUGCGGGAACGCAGAUCCGGCGAGGAAAUGCUGCCAGGCGGGCAAGGGUGUGCGCGUUGUUAAUGGCCAGGUCGUCGCGUCAUCGUCAACAGCGUGGUCUGCUAUAGCGUCGGCGACAACAUCGGCUUCGACUGCGGACUCGACGGCUUCAGUUCAGACGACGACUGCCGAUACAUCUGCGGAUACAUCCGACUCCAGCCCGGAUAGCAACCGAGCUGCUAUCAUAGGAGGUGCUGUAGGCGGGACGGUGGGCGUGUUGCUGCUCAUUGGAGGCACCGUGGCGUUCAUGUUGCACCGCAGGAAGCAGAAGACUACCGCCGAGGCCACCCAUCUUGGUCUCGUCGGUGGUUCUGGGUCGAAUGCUUCUGUGGCCGGGGGAGGAGAUGGUGUUUACUUCAAGGAAAUGUCGGCGGACCAGCAGCGGUUUGAGUUGUAUGGUGGAACACCACCGGUAACUCCUGCUCCCUACCUUAGGUAA